AAAAGGAAACCGAUUCUAAGAACUCUGCAGGUUGAAGCAGAUUUAUUAUCUGUUGUUCUUUCUGAGAUUGAGGAACGCAUUCUAAUUGGUAAAGAGUUGGUGUUUGAAAGUGGAGAUAUUUUCACAGAACACAGCGGGUGUAACCGAGAUUGCUAAAGGAGAUCACAAGUGAACUGGGUUGCGAGGAUUGGUGACUUGCUUGAGCAUACAAAUUUGCCAUUCUGGAUUACACUGGAACACUCAAUACUGUUCUCCACCAUGAAGCUGUACUCUGGGACAUAUCCUAGACCGGUCCUUACAAUCACAAUGCUGUUUUUAAUUGCACAGGCCAAAGGAUCUUAUGAGAAAACAACAGUUAACUGGCUUAACUAUAAAGAAGCAUGUCUGAAAAAGUUGCAGGAGUCUACAAUCAGUUCAGGAACAUAUUGUAAUGGGACUUUUGAUAAAUUUGUUUGCUGGCCUUACUCGCCUCCAGGAAAAGUCUUGGUUCCCUGUCCAUCUUAUUUACCAUGGAUAGAAAAUGGAAGUGCAGGAAAUGUAUACAGAAUCUGCUUGGACGAAGGGAUUUGGCAACAGGCUGAAAACUCCACUGUGAUUUGGGAUAACCGCUCUGAAUGCUACAAGGAGAGUCACUUCCAUCGAAAAGUUGAAGAACAAACAUUGCAUAUCACCCUCCUGAACCUUUAUACUGUGGGAUACACCUUUUCUCUUGUUUCUCUUGUCUUAGCACUGCUGAUACUGCUGCUGCUUAGGAAACUGCACUGCACAAGAAACUACAUCCAUAUGAAUCUGUUUGCUGCAUUCAUCCUGCGAGCCAUAGGAGUUCUCAUAAAAGAUAGAACAACACACAGCACGUAUUUAUUUCUUUAUUUAGACUCCGAAAAGCCAACUGAUCUAAAUGGAUGGAUAUCCUUCUUGAGUACAGAGAAGCUAGUCCUAUGCCGGAUGGCUCAACUUUUCAUGCAUUAUGUCGUCGGGGCAAAUUUCUUCUGGCUCUUAGUGGAAGGAAUUUAUCUCCAUAGAUUAUUGGUAACCACUGUGCUCUCUGAGAAACAUCUACUGCAGAGAUACAUCUUCAUUGGAUGGGGUGUUCCUGUUUUGUUUGUAGCUUCCUGGGGAAUAACAAAAUACCAACUAGAGUAUGAGGGAUGCUGGGCAACACAUCAGAACAUGGCAUUAUGGUGGAUCAUUCGAGGACCCAUUUUAUUUUCCAUUGUUGUUAACUUCUGUAUAUUCCUAAAAAUUAUGAAGCUGCUACUUUCCAAACUUAGAGCCCAGCAAAUGAGCUUUCGUGAUUACAAAUUCAGAUUGGCAAGAUCAACCCUUGUAUUAAUACCAUUACUUGGGAUUCACGAGAUUGCCUUUAACUUCAUCAUUGAUGAAAAAAUUGAAGGUCUUCCCAGACAAAUAAAACUCUUCAUUCAGCUGACACUGGGCUCCUUCCAAGGUUUUUUUGUAGCACUUUUAUACUGUUUUUCUAAUGGAGAGGUAAAAGCUGAACUGCGCAAGAAGUGGUCCCGUUUCUUGUUGGCAUCCCCCUCUGUCUGCAUGCCAUGCUUUCUUGGAAAGAACAUCAAGCACCUGGGGAGAUGUCCAAAGAAACAGCAUUUGAGCAAUAAUUGCUUCUCCCUGGAGGUUACUCAGCCCCAGAGCACGCAAGUGGCAAAGCAGAGGACAGGCUGCAAUGUGGAUUUAAGCUCCACAUUAAGGCAUAUUCCCAGAGCAAGCACCUCAGACAGCAGUGAAGGAGAAGUCACAACUGGGGAGACAACUGAAGAGGUCUUUGAAGAAAGCGAGAUUUAGAUUGUAACAAAAGUAAGAACAAUGCCCCAGUGAGGGAUCUUACAUGACGCUUCAUGUGGAAACCACUGGAAUAAAAAAGCCAGUGGAGAAAAAGGAUGAAAACAGCUUCUUAGCAUCUUCCUUCCGGUUCAGUUUUCCCAGGUAACUCCUUCAUUUUGUCAGCAUAGCCUGGGAACUGCAUGAAAAUGGCAUUGCCUUGGUCCUCCAAAAGCUGGAUGCGAAAUCAGGAAUAAAAAGGGACAGACUCUCACAAGAGAGGCUGUGGCUUCUAUUAUAGUUCCUCUGGAAUACCCAGUAUUGACCACCACCAGAGACUUAAUAUGGUCCAGCUGAAACAUCAAUCUUAUCCCAUGAGGUUGCACUACAGCAUCUCAUCAAGGACAACAGUUGCUUUCGUGAUACUAUAAAAGAAGUAGCUGAAUUCCAACUGGACUGACAGUUGGGUUGCAUACAGCACAUUUAGGAACUUGCAUGACUGUAUAUAUUUAUAAGCACCUUUUCCAGCCUUUGCUAUAAUUAUUAAAUGCUGAACUGA